AUUUUCGUUAACGUCAUACCGUUCUAACAAAAAACUUAACUGUAAGCAUAACCCCCAUCCAGAGGUCACCCACGAUACGGUAUCGGACCGAAACACAACAAUGGCCGGAGUGAAUUUCCGUUUGUCACAUUUCCACAUCUCUCGCAUUCACCAUUCUGGCGAUGAUAAUUUAAAUAAGUUUGAGGGAGUGAAGAAUAGCUUUCGUACACGUCAAUGUCCAAACAUGUUCUGACUCCAAAACUUAUAAAAAGCACGUAACAUUCGAGUGUCCGAGGUCAGUAACCUAGAAUCGUUCUGCUUUGACGCAUCGCGAGAUUAGAGAAGUUGCUGUCGGAGUAGUGAAAGUGAUUGAUAAAAAACAACAUCAGAAACGGAAGGAUAGUGAAAGUGAAAUGAAUAAGCCUAAUCUGUACUGCCGGGCUAACGGUGUGCAGCGAAGAGAUGCUGAAGAGAUUCUGGAUGAGUUUGGGCAUCUGAUGAGGUGGGAAAAAGACGGCAAAGGGUCAUUGUUGGACAUCGGUUGUGGCAGCGGUGAUGUGCUGAUGGAUUUCGUGGUGCCUCGGUUUUCGUCCGACCUGGUGCGUGUUGUUGGCACCGAUGUUUCGGAGCACAUGGUUCGGUUUGCGAGAAAAAUUCAUGGCGACAGAAAAAACGUUUCCUUCGACAGGCUGGACAUUGGUGGAGAUUUGAAACAUUUUGUGAACAAAUGGGGAAGGUUCGACCAUAUAACUUCGUUCUACUGUCUGCACUGGAUAAGACAGCAACGUGUGGCUUUCGGGAAUGUCUACUCUCUGCUAAAACCGGGCGGCGAUUGUCUGCUGGUAUUUCUGGCUCAGAAUCCAAUAUUCGACAUCUACGAUCAGCUGUCGCGGUCCGCGAAAUGGGCCAAAUACAUGACGGAUGUGGAGUUAUACAUCUCUCCCUUUCAGUACUGCGAAAAUCCCGCUGGUGAACUUGAAGAACUUCUGUCCUCGGUCGGGUUUACUGAGUACAAAAUUCAGAUCAAGGAAAAAAUCUACGUAUACGAGGGCAUCGAUAAUUUGAAGAAGGCCGUCAAAGCAGUGAAUCCGUUUAGCGAGCGAAUGCCGAUGGAAUUACAGGAGGACUUUCUGGACGAUUACAUAGGUGUGGUGAGAAGAAUGUCCCUGAGCCAAAACUGCGGUGAAGAUGAGGACGAUUGCAGAUUUAUUACGCCAUAUAAAUUGGUAGUUGUGUAUGCAACUAGAUAGAAUUAUGAUGCCAUGUGUUCAAUAACGAGUAGUGUACGUAAUUUUGUAAAUCUGUUUCUUUUAAUAUGCUAUGCCGAAAUACGGUCUUGUUACUCGAGAUUUAUU